AUGAGAAGGCUUAAGAUAGGGAUAAGACCGCAGCUUAUAGUCCUAGUCUGCUUUGCUUCGUUGUUCUCGCUCUUAAUCCUAGGGAUCGUCACUGGUUUAUACUUUAGCACGAAUUUAACUCAACUGAGAUCAGAACGGUUGUAUGUCAUAUCACAAUUAAAAUCCACUCAAGUGGAACAAGCCUUGGCAUUUAUUGCUUACCAAGUGGGGACCCUAUCUUCUGUGGAUGCUAUCACUACACCCUUGUCACAGUAUAGGGCAGGGAACAAUUCGAAUGCCGUGUUUUCCAGUGCUCAAAAUACGUUGGACCAAUAUAUGUCAUCAACUGAAACUUUUGCUGCAGCUAGAUUAUACAAUUUGGAUUUGCAAGUUCUGGCAAGUUCGUACAAUAAUGCAACAAUAGUAUCUCAGGCAACAGCUGGCAGCUUGUUCCCCUUGCUACAGAAUAGCUCGAUCCCACCUGCUUUACUAGAUUCAAAUGGGUCAGAAUUUUACUUCACAGGACCGUUGGCCAAUGAUUCAUCCGAUAUAUUCAGCCCAUAUUUUAUCGGAGUGACGUUGCCGGUCUACUCAAACUCAUCAAUCAUAAUUGAUAAACCAUACAUUGCUGGUUACUUAUCGAUUAUUGCCAGUGCGCAAACAAUUCGAGAUGCGUUAAAUUCAACAAGUGAGGAUUACAAUGUUAUUGCUGUUAAACCACUUUAUGGCAAUUUAACUGACAUCGUGGACACUUUUAACUCCACUGAACGUGCUAAAGCGGCUGUUGGAUUCCAAACAGUGUUUCCUGUGGCAAACUCACUAUUGAGACCAGGGGAGAUGUACAACAUUAAUUCGUCAACCUCGGUGCGAACAGCUAUACGUUCUCCUUCGGGAACUUCCACUAAUGUCAAAUCCUAUUCUGGUGAGAGUGUUGCCAUUGGGUUCAGACAAAUCAUGCAAAACAAUCUUUUAUGGUCAAUCAUUGUGAUACAAGAGAAGUCAGUGUUUAAUGCUCCUGUAAAUAAAUUGAAAAAGAUCAUAAUUGGUGUGAUGUUUGCUAUUGCUGUAUUUAUGUGCUUAAUCACGUUUCCGUUGGCGGUGUGGUUUAUCCGGCCCAUUACUCAAUUGCAAGACUCGGCAGAAUACAUAUCAAAAUACCGAAAAGAGAGAAUACUAAGCGAAAAGAUUGCUCAUGAUUCAAGGAAUAAUAGUGUAACGUCAACGACAACUUCAUCUACCUCAGGCUAUUCCACUGGUAUGCAACUACCAGCACGCAUUAAGACAUCAAAGAAGUUCUUCAAGGAUGAACUAACUGAGUUGUCGGAAGCAUUCAACAUCAUGACCGAGGAACUAGACAAGCAGUAUACUCUCUUGGAAGAGCGAGUCAAGCUUCGAACGCGAGAAUUGGAGGCGUCUAAAAUCCAAGCUGAAGCGGCAAACGAGGCCAAAACGGUGUUCAUUGCAAAUAUAUCACACGAAUUACGAACUCCUCUUAAUGGUAUACUAGGCAUGACAUCAAUUGCUAUGGAAGAGGAGGACGAGGAAAAACUCCAUGAAUCUUUGAAAUUGAUCUACAGAUCUGGUGAGUUAUUACUCCAUAUCUUGACAGAAUUGUUAACAUAUUCAAAAAACACAUUAAACCGGUCAAAGUUGGAAAAAUCCAAGUUUCAAAUCCUUGAAAUUGUUUAUCAAAUCAAUUCAAUUUUUAAUAAACUAGCUGUUGACCAGCGAGUGAACUUUAAAAUUGUUGUCAAACCUUGUCUAUUUAGAAAGAUGAUACUUUAUGGAGAUUCAAAUAGGAUCAUUCAAAUCAUAAUGAACCUUGUGUCUAAUGCACUCAAAUUCACUCCGGUUGAUGGGUCAGUUGAUGUCAUUUUUAGAUUGCUUGGAAAAUAUGAUUAUGACAAGUCAGCAGCUUGCGAUUUCAAGAAAGUGUGCUUAGUACAUGACAGCAAAAGACCAUUCCCUUUUAAUUACAAUACCGAUACUACUUUAGUACAAGUUAAGGAUUCCACAUCAUCACCAGGGAAACAAGCUGAUCCAAAAAAGAGGAAUAGCGGUGACUUUGAUGACACACUGAGUAUCGUUACUCUUUCAACAAUUCAAUACGAAAAUGCGUUAUUUGAACAACAAUUUUCGGAUAGUCGGCGGUCGCCAUCACCAAGGUCAUCACUUGAUAAAUUGGAAGAAGAAGGGUCUGAUGCCAAGUCCGAGUACAUGAUGCCUCAAGCCAAAGAUUUCAAGACGUACCACACAUUAAACAAAAAGGAAAAGAUUGAAGGACACAAGUCAUACAAGAUUAAAAAUAUACACCAUCCAAAACAAUGGGUUAUACAAAUUGAGGUUCGUGACACUGGUUCAGGUAUCGAGCCAGCAUUACAAGAGAAGGUGUUUGAACCAUUUGUUCAAGGUGAUCAAACUUUGAGUCGAAGCUAUGGUGGCACUGGAUUGGGUUUAAGUAUAUGCCGACAGUUGGCCUCGAUGAUGAAAGGGACGCUUACUGUGAAAUCAGCAGUAGGAGAAGGAUCGACAUUCACUUUAACCAUUCCGUUGCCACAGACAGGAGAGAUCAUGAUUCCGCCUGAAGAUCUUGAAGCUCUCUGUGAUGAUGAGUUCAAUCCGAAUUCGAAGAUGAACAGAAGGGUUGUUUUUGAAGAUGAUAUAGUGGAUACUAGCUCAGAUGAGAGUAAAGAAGAUACAAACGAAAACUCGUCAUCGUUAACCCAUCGUCGCAAACCAUCACAAAAGGGAUUAAAAUUAAAACCUUCAAGUAUUGCUUUUGCUAGGGGCUCAACCGGUACAGCACAAAAGUCGGAUAACCAUGGAAGUGGCACAAAUACUGGUACUCAUAGUACAACCCCCACGUCAACAGAGUCAUUAGUAUCGACACCACUAACAUCGCAGAACCACUUAUCCAAUAUCAAGAUUCUUGUUGCUGAAGACAAUCAAGUGAAUCAAGAAGUCAUCAAACGGAUGUUGAAACUCGAAGGAUUUACGAAUUUGGUAAUGGCUGCAAAUGGCGCUGAAGCAGUGGAAAUGAUACAACAGUCAAUGGAUCAAUCAGAAGAAGAGCUAGUACCACAGCAAUUUGACUUGGUAUUUAUGGAUAUUCAAAUGCCGAUAAUGGACGGUAUCACAGCCGUUGGUAUAAUACGACAAAAAUUACACUUCACUAAUCCGAUAAUAGCCCUCACUGCAUUUGCUGAUGAAAGUAACAUAAAAGAGUGUCUAAGUUGCGGAAUGAAUGGAUUCUUAUCCAAACCGAUCAAACGAAACAAUCUACGCAAUGUGAUUACAAAGAAUACAAACAUUUUGUUGCACGAGUCGGUAAUUACGCCAAUGUCUGGCCAUUCACAAAAGAGUUCUUAUUUUCUGUAA